UGUGACAAAAAGUGCUUCCAGGGCUAGUGAGAGUGAAAGAGAUGCUCAACAUUCGCCCUCAUCCGGUCGGGUGUUUGGCAGGCCUGCGAUGAUUGCUAAUUUUUUACUUUUGCACGGUGCAUCCUGCCGGCAGUUGCUGCUAGCCGAUGGUUUCUGAUGGUGGUGCAAUCAAAAAGUAAAACCGUGAGCUGCUGUGCAUCCAAGUGCACUGCCGGUGAUUGGGAAACUGGGUUACGUAAUCAGAUUUAAGGGUUUUUAGAGCCCGGGAGAUUCGAUACGAGUGCGCGAGCGGGAGAGCACAAGUGCAAACUGGAGAGGAAAUGAAUCUGGUCGUCGUCAGUUGACACUGUAACCCUUAGUCAGCCAGUGCGCUUCCUUUUCGGUUGAGGGGUGGUAGUGAUUCAGAGUGCAACUGUAGAACAAAGGAAGAAGUUUUCGCCACGAAGGCGAUAAAGAAAGCGGUGUAUGAAUGUAGAGCCUACCGCGAAAUCGACUUCCCAAAGCGAAGCACGUGAGAAAACGGCUGUCUACAUGAUGGAAAGCAAAAUGUUUCCUCUCUGAAGAGGCCCCCAUAAAAGGAGCCUGAGUCUGUUAAAAGCUAAAAAAGUGACAAAGCACGAAGAUAUAAAAGAAAAAGAAUCACUCAGCUGAUAAUCUGGGGGCCGACCAGUACGAAAAAAAUAGUAGUCUAUGUGCGUGUGUUCUAGUGUUCCUGUUUUCCUACCAUCGGAAAGUGUUCCUCAUCGUCGUCAUCCUACCUAACUAAGCCUUCCCAGCAGAUCGAGAAGAGAAUAACAAAAAAAAAAAAACGAAUCAAAUUGGUGUUAACAAUACAAGCAACGACGGCCGGCCGGAACGCGUGCGUAGGAGUAGCAGCAGAACAGGAAGAACGAAAAAUAACGCACCAUCUCGGCGAUGGCAGAAACCAACCCGACUGGCACCAAUCUGCCGACCUCCAGCAUACUGCUGCCGGAUGAUGUGCUCGAGAAGCUCUAUCAGAGCUAUGCACUCAAGCAGAAACGUGUCGCUUUCGGGUGCUAUCUGGCGGCCUCUAUCCUGUUUGAUUUGUGGGCCAUCCUGGUGCCGCAAGGUCAGGGCUGGGAGGCCAUAGCGAUACUGAGCGUGUUCCUCGGGCUGAACAUCAUCCUGGCGGUGGUGCUGCGUUUCGGCGGUAAAGGCCGCUUCCGAGGAUUCAUCUGGGAAGUGGCACCACACGCAGCCUGGCUGCUGGCAAUCAUGCAACUCUUCCUGCAGCUGUUCCUGAAAGGAUCCGUUACUCCGAGAGAUUCCCUCGGAUGGGCUGUGGUCCUUAAUUUUUUAGUAUACGUUACCUUGCCGGUGCUGCUAAAGUAUACCGGCAUCCUGCUGGGACUGGGGUCAUUCGCAACCUAUAUCAAUGCCAUCAUUGGGCUGGCCAAAAAGGAAAACUAUUUUUGGGAACAGCAAGUUGCAAACGUUCUCCUGCUGGUGGCAGCAACGGCCAUCGGUUUGCUGAACUACUUUCUGGCUGAAGCCAAACAACGAAGAGCUUUUCUCGAAGCAAAACAAGGCCUAGAGGUGAAGAUGCUGAUCGAGGAACAGUCAGCCGAGCAGGAACGCCUGCUGCUGUCGGUGCUGCCCGAGCACGUCGCGGUAAAAAUGCGACAAGAUCUAGGAUCAACAAACUCGGAGCAAUUCAAGAAAAUCUACAUGAGUCGCCACGAAAACGUAAGCAUUCUGUAUGCUGAUAUCGUCGGAUUUACCGCCAUCUCGUCCACCUACUCGGCUCAGGAUCUGGUGAAAAUUUUAAAUGAACUUUUCGCACGUUUCGAUCGUCUAGCAGAGAAAUACCAACAAUUAAGGAUAAAGAUCCUGGGCGAUUGCUACUACUGCAUCAGUGGCGCCCCCGUAGAACGGCCGGACCACGCCGUUCUCUGUGUCCACAUGGGUCUGUCGAUGGUGAAGGCUAUCAAAUAUGUCCAGCAGAAUACAAAUUCUCCCGUUGACAUGAGAGUGGGAAUCCACACGGGAGCCAUCCUGGCGGGAAUCCUUGGCCAGCGUCAGUGGCAGUUUGAUGUGUACUCCAAGGAUGUUGAACUGGCCAACAAGAUGGAAUCCAGCGGAAAACCGGGCCGAGUCCAUCUGUCGGAAAAAACGUUGAGCUUCCUGAAUGGGGAAUUCGAGGUGGAACCAGCGUUCGGUGAAAAGCGCGAGGAAGCGCUGCGGAUAGCGGGUCUGAAGACGUAUUUCAUCACCAAAGUACUGAAACCGUUCUGCCAAGCCGAGCACCGAAUGAAUGGCUCCGCCGAUCCCAAGGAUGCUGUUAUUGAACCGGAUGGGCCGUCGGAAGUAUUUCGCGAAGACGAGGAAGAAUCCAAGCAGACUCCAGCCAACGACGAGGAAUCCAACGCCGGCUUGGACGACAAGGCGAUGGAAAGCGCCGCCGAGGACUAUAAGGUGCGGCUCCGGAAGGAACUGGUCAGCCGUGACGGCCACCAGGAAAUCUAUAAGGAUAUCAAUGCACUACUAUGGUUCAAAAACAGUGAAAUCCAGCAGGCCUACGCUCAGUACCGGCAGCCGCACAGUUCCAUUCCGCUGCUGGCGGCACUCAUCGUUCAAUUUAUCGGCAUCAUUUUCUCCACCCUAGUUCUUCCACGUACAUCGGUACACUUUGAGAUCGUCAUCCCACCGCUAGUGAUCAUCGUCGUCCUGGUCUUCAUCUCGGUGGCGGAAAGUUUUCCCAGGAUUCUGCCGGCGUUUAUCACGUUGAACAGUAAACGAUUUAACGACUGUGUCGGUCUACGCACAUCAACGGCAAUCAUAAUAGUGCUGCUCUUAGGAAUAUCAAAUGCCAGCGAUAUGCUGGCAGCUUCCGGGCGGACUCCACUGCACCUAAACGUUACCAAUGCGUCCUUCCUGUCGAGCGAGAUGCACCCUUCGACUAUUUGUUUGUUUCCGUCGUACUUCAGCAACUUCACCGUACUGAUCCUGAUUUCCGUUUCCAUCAUCACGCAGCUGUCGCAUCUGAGCAAAAUUGCAUUAAUGGUCGCUAUUGCCGCUAUUCACUGUUACAUCAAUAUCUUCCACCUGGACGAAGCAUUCCGAAACGAGGAUUCCGAGAUAAUGAAUGUAUUUCCCCUGCGAUACACUCUGUCGGCGCUGUUGAUUGCGGUGACGAUAGCACUUUCUCUUCUGGCACGGCAUAUCGACAAGGUGGACCGGGUAAUUUUUAUGUGGAAAACCGAAGUCAGCGACCAGAAGGAGCGGGCUAGUGACAUGCGCCGACGUAAUGAGGCCCUGGUGUAUAAUGUGCUUCCGAUGCACGUGGCCGAGCACUUUAUGGGCAACCGGAAGCGAUCCCACGAUGAACUGUAUUCCCAGAGUUACGCGGAGGUGGGCGUCCUGUUUGCUAGCAUGCCCAAUUUUUCCGAUUUCUACUCGGAGGAAACGGUAAACAACCAGGGGUUGGAGUGUUUGCGCUUUCUUAACGAGGUGAUAUCGGACUUUGAUGCGCUCCUCGAACUGCCUCAAUUCCAAGAUGUUAUUAAAAUCAAGACAAUCGGCUCGACCUACAUGGCAGCAAGUGGACUAAAUCCAUCGCGGAUCGUUAAACCGGAGGAUCCCAUUUCGGUGCGUUGGGCCCAUCUGGCGCUGCUAGUGGAAUUUGCCCUGGAACUGAAGAAAGCUUUGCAAGGAAUCAACGAACAAUCAUUCAACCACUUCGUACUGAAAAUGGGCGUCAAUCAUGGCCCAAUCACGGCGGGUGUCAUCGGUGCACGAAAACCACAUUACGACAUCUGGGGAAACACGGUGAAUGUGGCAUCUCGGAUGGAAAGUACCGGGAAGGCGGGUGCCAUUCAGGUGACGGAAGAGACCUGCCAAAUCCUGCAAACGUUCGGGUACACCUUCGAGCAGCGAGGUCUGGUAGCCGUGAAGGGUAAAGGUCAACUGAUGACCUACUAUCUGCAGGGAAAGGUCCCGAAGAAUGCUUCACCUAUCCUUCCGGUGACCACGAUGGAAACCGUUCAGGAGGUCGAUGAACCCAAAGAAUCUCCACCGGCACUUCCCAUCGGUUCGCCUGCCCACCCAAUCACUUCGGUUUCUUCCAGUACUACCAGUCCCAACAGCGUUCGCCUAAAUCAAGAAUACGUAGAGAUGAAGGUCAGCAGUACAUCGAAUACGGUUGCUUCGAACAAACACCAUCAACAGCAGCCGCAGCAGCAGCAGCAGCAGCAGCAACAACUGAAUUCAGAACACAAGCAUCAGCAAGCGAUCAGCACCACCGUGGUAAGUAGCAGUGAAUCGAAUUCGGAUGGAGAUACGAAACCACUAUUCAACGGGGAAGCCGAGGAAGCCGAUGUGAAAACUCCACUCCUAAACGAUAAGAAUAGCACAAAUGCAAAUCACUUUAGCGAAAGUGAGAAGGAUGCACUGAUAGAGAAUAGUAAUUAGGAAGCUUGCGGGUAUUGUAGGUAGGUGGACUAAAAGAGACAGGUACAAUAGGUAAUUGUCGGGGCACCUGGUAGAAAAACUUUUAUUUCGCGGUUCAAGAGUGAAAUGUUAUAACGCGUCACAGCCACCUACUUGCUUUUGUAACGAUGAUGUUGAUUUUUCAUUAUUCAAAACUCAUCCCUACCAAUAUAAUAAGGAUAAUUUGGGGCCAUGCAAUAAUUACGUAUGAAUAUAAUUGGAAAUUUUCAUAAAACAUUUUUUUAGUCAAAAUGAAUGGAAGGCUCAUACGUUUUCUUACAAGAGAGAGAGAGGGAAUUUCAGAAAUACCUCUUACGUAAGCAUGAAGAAUACAGAACAUGUAAAUGUUGUGGAGGAGGAGAUGCGUUGGAAAAAUCAAAAAAAAACUUCUGAUGUAAUUAUUUCAUGGUCCCUUUCCCCUUAUAGCUCUUUUUCCCAUAGGGAAAGACGGGAUAAAACCGCAAGAAAAUUUACUUUUUAACUGUGAUACAUAUUAAUGAGCCUGCGGCCAGAUUUUUUUUAAAUUUUUUUUUUUGUCUAAUUGUUAAUGUUUUUUCACCAAUUUUUGGAAUGAUUAAAAACGUUCGAAACGCGUGCAAAUAACCGUCACCAACGGGGUAAAAAGAACCAUGACAGGGUUUUCGCCAACCAGUGCACAGAUUGGACGUGAGAAGUGGCAAGUGAAUGGUACCAUGUUCCGAUAGAUCGCAAUUCAAUAUCUUUGGAAUCGGUCAAAUCGUUACGGACAUGUGGCCAGAACGAAGGGGCGAAUUGAAAGAGUUUCUAUUUCACAAAUGUUCCAAUAAAUUCAUUUCAUUUACAUUUAAUCCAUGGAUAUAGCCAGAGGGGAGUAGGAGCCUCUCUUAGCUCAGUCGGUAAAGGAGGUACUAUAAGAGCUGGGUUCGAUUUCCGGUCAAGUCUAGGAAUGUUUUGGUUUGGAA